AUGCGUUACUCGGCGACGGCCAGGCGCGCUGGCUCCCCACAGCGGCUCCGCGGGGAGUCCAAGCGACUGCCGCCACUCAGCCACAGGCCUCGCCCCUAAGUGACGUCACCGCCGCCAGGGGCGCAUGUGUUGCGCCUGAUUGGAGGAGCCGCCCCCGCCCGUUGCCGCGCUCCGGGCCUGAGGGGGGCGGAGCCUCCCCGACCGACCACGGCCGUCAUGGGUGACACGGUGCAGCACCCGCGGCCGGGCAUCGGCGUGGGGGUGGUGAUCACCAGCCCCGCGCACCCGAACUGCGUCCUCCUGGGCAAAAGGAAAGGCCCGGUGGGGGCCGGCACCUACCAGCUCCCCGGAGGCCACCUGGAGUUCGGGGAGAGCCUGGCGGAGUGCGCCGCGCGGGAGACGCUGGAGGAGGCGGCGUUGCGGCUGCACAACGUACGCUUCGCCUCAGCCGUCAACUCGGUGUGCACCAGAGCGCGCUACCAUUACGUCACAGUCCUCAUGAAAGGCGAGGCGGAGCCGGGGGCGGAGCCACGCAACCGCGAGCCCGAGAAGAACGAGGGUUGGGAAUGGGUUAAAUGGGAUGAAUUUCCUCCAGCAGAUCAACUGUUCUGGGCCUUACGCUGUUUGAGAGAGCAAGGUUACAAUCCCUUUACAGAAGAGCUCGAUCAUCUGAAGGGGUACACAGGAAGUCACCAACUAGCAUAAAAACUAACUGUAUAAUAUGUAACAAACUAAAGGCCAGACCUGCUUUUUUGGUGUAAAAGAGGAGAGGAUAUAUCAUGCUCGCUCUGCCCACGUGAAAAUAGUACCCUUCCCAAAGCUAGAAAGAUGCCAAAUGUUUCGGUGCUUUCACCGUAUUUCACACAACAGUUUGUCUCCCAUUCCAGAGCUAGAUGGGGCUUUAUGCGACAACAAACAUUUUCUAGUUGUUAACCAUUAAUGUUUUCUUUUAUAGAAAAGCCAUAGUAUUUGGUUAAUCUUUAUCUAGAUGAAUAGCCCUUUGGAAGUCAGAACUAGUCAGUGAAGCUUACUCACUUGGAAACAGUUGCAGCAUCGGGCCCAAUAGAAACAGGUUUGUUUAAACCACUGUCCUGUUCUCUAUGUAAAACUACUUUAUGUAUCAUGCUGCUUUCCUGUAAUUAUAAAUCUUGGACCAAUUUUUAAACUUAGCCUUGUCUUAUAACUUCGGUUAAGAUACUGUUGUGAACAAAAGUCACAUUUUCCAGACAAUGCCUCGUUCUCCUGCAGACAUACUUGAAAAUCAGGGUAAUAUGAACAUGGAAGGGUUGCAGUGGCUCUUUUGUAGGGAAUGAAAACUCCCUGACCCUUCUUGCCAACCCCUUUUGUUACAGAGUUCUGUUUGUAGCCUCAGUUACAUUAGAACCUAACUGCAGAAGCGUUUCACAUCUCUGCAGUCGAUCUUAAUUCCUGAUCACGUUACUAAACUCUUUCAUGAAGAGCUGCCUACAGUGUUCUACUAGGCUGACAAAAAUAACACUGUACAAACUAGUCUCAUUUAGAGGCGUAGCUCUACAGCAGACAGUCAUACUUUUUGGGUAAAGAGGGUUGUCAGUAUUAAACAGCACAGAUGGGUGCAAUUCUGUAUGGCUACUGGGAUUUGAUAGAACUUAAUUUUCAGUUUGAUGUGACUAAAUGAUUGAAUUGGUAGGGAAUGAAGUCACAGUACACAAAAUAUGUACAAAACCAACAAGUUUCUAUUUUUAAUUUUUCUAGAAUCUGUAACCAAAUUUGAUUCUUUUUCAGCUGUAGUCAUUAGGACAUCAGUUAAUUUUAGGAUAUGACAUUUAAAAAAAUCACUAAUGGGCUCAUUUUUUUUUCUCUUCAGGGUUCUUUUAAAAGGUUCUUUUGUCUGUUUCCUUCAGAUAUACCCAUUGUACAAAAUGUUCUGAGAUACAUUUUAUUUAAAAGAAAUAAAGGUAAGCCAAAUAUUGAAAGAUUCAAAUUGUCUGAAAUUACAAAUUGACUUGUCAGUUCUUAAAAGAAAUGAGUUUGAAGGGUUUAAAGCUCUUCCUUACUUUGCACAUACAUUUUCUUAAAUGGAGAUGGCUUUUAUGCUGAGAUGCAGAGUGAUGUGAGGUAUAAGGAUGCUACUGAUGAUCUCAAGCCUCCUACUUAGAAUUUGAAGUAUUAACUACGUGCACCUUCCCUUAGGACAGAUAUUCUUUCUCUGAAGUGAAGAAAGAAGAUAAUGCUAUAAAGCAGUUUUGAAAUGGGAAAUAUUACUGAAAAUUCCUUUACUACUAUAUCUUUGUAGAAAACUUUUUUCUAUUAAAAAGUGGAAUUUUGUUCCUGAAAGCAAUAUGUACACUGAAAAUUAUUCCAUUCAGCUGUCAACAAAGAGACUGUAGGAAGAGUUGACAGAUGUCCUGCCCAUCUGUUCCAAAGAAUAAUGAAAAAAAAUUAAAAUUAUUUAGUACAAUUUUAAAUUUUAGAAGGCAUCUAGCUCUUGAUGGAAAACCAGGGGUCACUGUAAAAUGGUUUGUCAUGCAAUAAAUAUUUUGUUACCAU